AAGGUGUUUUGCAGGGGGAGGAGAAGGGGUAUUGAUGGGGGAGGAGAUGACUGCUGUAGUCUCCAACCUGCUUAUCAAUUAGCCUUCUGGUCAUCCUCUCCUCCACUCCCCAUCGUAGAUCAUCCACAAAGCGCGAUAGAUCAGCCCAGCAAGAAGGCCCCCCGUCGGCUUCUGUCAUGCUGGACAGGGGAAAGCUCAGUUUCAUCAGGACAGCCGAUCAGUGCGAAGCUCGGCGAGACAAGAGGAAAAUGAGGUUCAAGCAGGCCCUGGUGUCGGUGGUGGCGUUGGUCGGUCUAGCGUACUACGUGUACUUCCUGCGUUCAUCUUCUCAGCGGUCGAUGCUGGACACUCAGGCUGCACAAGAUGGCAUCGCGAUGCAGCCAGACGACGCCAUGAUUGUCCGCAUGGCAGCCUUUCUGAAUGCUUCUGGCAAAAUCGGCCAAGAGGAUGAUGAUGAGGAGGAAAUGGAUGGCUUUCACACUGAUAUGUCCCUGGAUGCCAUACCUCCACCGGGUGAUGACUCACCCGAGAAACAGAACAUUGAGGUGAAGAUGGAGCCCAUGGACGAUCCUUUAAAUCUGAAGGGCGAUGACAACGGCCUCAAAACGGAUAUCAUGCUUGGGUCGACGUCUACUUUUCAUCCUUCGGAUAUCAAACGUCUGGGCAACGACAGCAGCCAGCAGGAGGUACGACCCAUAGAAAUAAUGCCUCAGCAGAAGGAGGUGGAUGUGCCUCAGCAACCCCCAGAAAUCAAACUUGAGCAACCUCCAGCGGCGAACUUUCAACAACCACCAGUGGUCAUGGUUCAGCAGCCUCCAGAGGCAAGCCCUCAGAAACCCCCAGUGUUUAUCCCUUUGCAACCUCUACAGGAAAACCCUCAGCAGCCUCCAUGGGUCAAACCUCAGCAACUCCAAGUGGCCGUGCCUCAGCAACCUCCACUGUUCAUCCCUCAGCAACCUCUAGAAGUACACCCUCAGAAACCUUCAUGGGUUAAACCUCUGCACCCUCCUGCGUUCAUCCCUCAGCAACCUCCAGUGGCCAAAGUUCAGCGACUACAGGAAAAGCUACGUCAGCCCAAGGAUUCCAACAGCCACGUGGUAGAUGCGGCUCAAAUAUUUGAGAAUGUUCGGCAGAGGGGCCAUCAAUACGUCCAACAGAACAGUGACUCGAGACUAAAGCCACCGUUUCAACUACUGCCAGACAACAUGGCGAAGUCUGGUGUUGGACCAAAUCCCGCGUCAGCACAAAACGAUGCCAACAACCAGCACGUACUCAACAGUGGACUUGUGGUCAAGGCCGUUAACAGCGACAUUGGUGAGACUUGGUCAGGUAAUAGAUUUUUGGUGCCACAAGCAGGUCGUCGUAGUGUAAACCGCAAUCAAGCAAAUGUGGCUUUCAACAGACGAUGAUUUCUGUGUUCUGCUGUGUGAUGUAGUAAUGUAAUAGAAACUUCCCAGUGCAAGUUUUUUUCUUUAAUGGGGGUGCAGAGGAAACUGAGAAUGUGGACCAGCAUUUUACAACCUAUUUGUUCAGACAUCAAUAUAUAAGGUAUCUUAAUAAAACACAAAAAGGCUUCCAAUAGCAGCGGAAGCUAUGAGCACAGAAAUGUUCAUAACAGUGAUGCUUAUGCAAGAAACCUGAACUUUGAUACAAAUCAGCACGUUUUGUGAUUGAAGGCCGGUCACAUGACAAAAGCACAGCGAUUGAUGAUGAUAGGCCUAAAAGUCACGAAAAAUGCGGCUUAAAAUUCCACACCUAGGCCUGCUUAAUUAUGUGAUAAUCAGGAGCUGUCUCUUCUUGACUUUACUCACAUAAGCAGCAAUAAUUUGUAUGCAACUAUUUGGCUGAAAUAAGUGUAAUGAGCAAAUGGACUGAAGCAAAAUUUGUAUAGGAUGAUAAAAAAAUUCCAAAAAUGUCUUACGAAAGGCAGUGCUUGUACACGGAUACCUUAUGGUAUACAUGUGUCUCAUUCUUCAAACAUGUAUGACUUCAUUCACAUUAUGCUGUUUGAGGAAAAAAGACAUACUUAUGCCGCUUUCAUGGUGGGUGCCUAAGACUUUUUUCAUUAAGCCAACAUUUUGCAAAAACUUAAAAAUCAUUUAUUAUUAAGUAAUCUUCUCUACAAUCUUGUUUAGGCUAUGAUUUAAAUAAAUCUGAAUUUCUGGACAAACCUCAUAUUAGCAUGUUAAACUUGACAGCAGUUUCGGGUAUUACCUGUUUUGUGCUUGGGACAGAAUAAUUCUUACAUUAACGGUUUUAUUUCUUCCAGUUCUGCUGGUUAUUCGCAUUUUUAACUUCUUCAUUUACUCUUGAUUUAUAAGACAUUAAUAAAAGCAAAUGACAAAAUUGCCAAAACUUCUGACUGAUGAAUAAUUUGCAUGUGGGUACCAUAGGUGCAUAAAAUUACACUUACUUGCUCUAAUAUUAUUUCUAAAGAAAUUAAAUCAGGUUGUCUUAAAUAUAUGUAAAUUAUGUUAAAAAUAAGUGAUACAAGAAUUGUCAGUGCAAUAAAGUUUAUGAACCUCCUUG